CAGGAGGGAGGAGAGCAGAGCUGAUCCUGAGGAGGCAGCAGCAGCAGCUGAGAACUGCACUUGGACCUGUGCUGUGGGACCAGAUUCAUCUACGUUGGCAGGUUGCUAUGACCCAACCACAAAUGGCUCCCAUUUGUCUUGUGGAAAANCACAAUGANCAGCUGUCGGUGAACCAGGAAGCCAUAGAGAUUCUGGACAAGAUUUCUCAGCCAGUGGUAGUCGUGGCUAUUGUUGGAUUGUAUCGUACAGGGAAGUCCUAUUUGAUGAACUGUCUGGCGGGACAGAACCAAGUGAGUGGCAAGCUGCAUACCAGCCAAAGGCUUCCCUCUGGGCUCCACNGUNCAGUCUCAGACCAAGGGCAUCUGGAUGUGGUGUGUGCCACACCCCACCAAGCCAGAGCACACCUGGUCCUCCUGGACACCGAGGGCCUGGGGGAUGUGGAAAAGGGUGAUCCUAAGAACGACUUGUGGAUCUUUGCCCUCAGNGUGCUUCUGAGCAGCACCUUCAUCUACAACAGCAUGAACACCAUCAACCACCAGGCUCUGGAGCAGCUGCAUUAUGUCACAGAACUCACUGAGAUGAUCAGAGCAAAGUCUUCCCCAAAUCCCCAUGGAAUAAAAAAUUCCACAGAGUUUGUGAGUUUCUUUCCAGACUUUGUCUGGACUGUUCGGGAUUUCAUGCUGGAGCUGAAGUUAAAUGGGGAAGAAAUCACAAGUGAUGGGUACCUGGAGAAUGCCCUGAAGCUGAUCCCAGGGGAUAAUCCCAGAAUCCAAGCAUGCAAUUCGGCCAGGGAAUGCAUCAGAUGUUUCUUUCCUAACCGGAAGUGUUUUGUCUAUGACCAGCCAACUGGUGACAUAGAACUCCUACAAAAACUUGAGACUAUCUCAGAAGACCAACUGGAUCCUAAAUUCCGGGAAAAAACAAAAGCUUUUGUUUCUUACAUCUUCACUUAUGCCAAGAUCAAGACCCUCAGAGAGGGAGUUAAGGUCACUGGGAAUGGACUGGGGAUUCUGGUGACAACCUAUGUGGAUGCCAUCAACAGAGGAGCAGUGCCUUGUCUGGAUGAUGCUGUGACAGCUCUGGCCCAGCAUGAGAACUCAGUAGCUGUGCAGAAGGCAGCNGACCACUACAGUGAGCAGAUGGCCCAGCGACUGAGGCUUCCCACAGACACGCUCCGGGAGCUGCUGGAUGUGCACGCAUCCUGUGAGAAGGAAGCCAUGGCUGUCUUCAUGGAGAAUUCCUUCAAGGACGAAAAUCAGCAAUUCCUGAAGAAGCUGGUGGAAUUAAUAGGUGAGAAGAAAGGGAUUUUCCUAUUGAAGAAUGAUGACGCAUCUGAUAAAUACUGCCAGGAAGAACUGGAUCGACUUUCAAAGGAUUUCAUGGAAAAUAUCUCAACAUUUUCUGUUCCUGGUGGACAUAGGCUCUACAUGGACAUGAGGGAGAGGAUUGAGCAUGAGUACUGGCAGGUUCCCAGGAAAGGGGUGAAGGCAAGUGAAGUCUUCCAGAGUUUUCUGCAGUCACAGGCCAUCAUUGAGAGUUCCACUGCUUGUGGACGUUAUAUGAAUUGCUCUCUGGGUUCUGGAAUGUUGACAUUUUACUUAACCUAUCACUUUCUUCUCUCCUGGAAUCUUCCUGGGGCAGAGGAGCGCGCCCNGAAGGAGGCNGCNGAGAAGGAGCAGGAGCUGCUAAGACAGAAGCAGAAGGAGCAGCAGGAGUAUAUGGAGGCUCAAGAGAAAAGUCACAAGGAAAACCUAGAGCAGCUGAGAAGGAAGAUGGAGCAGGAGAGAGAGCAGCUCAUCAAAGACCAUAAAGUGAUGCUGGAGAAGCUAAUGAAGGAACAAAAGGCUUUCCUUGAGGAAGGAUUUAAGAAGAAAUCUGAAGAAAUGGGCAUACAUAUAGUGCAACUGGGACAUAUGAUCAACAUUGUGCUACUCAACAGUGAUUCCACUGUGAGGAGUAUUAUAAAAUUUGUUUUAGAUAUGAUUGCAAAGGGUAUAAAGGGCUUUGUUCCAUCCUCUGGGAGCAAUUGAUAGACUGUGAUAGAUACUUGUGUUAUUUCAAAGUUGCCUGUUUUCCAUUUUCACUCUGCAGAGAAGAUUAAACAUAAAAAGUGCUGAUUAGAGGGUAUCUGUGCCCUGCACAGAUGACAUAGAACAGCUCCUACAUGUCUGCACACAAUGCUUGCCUUUAGAGAACACA